UUUCGAGCUCCUGUAGCGGGUAGGGGAUCGAAGGAUUGGGCCAAUUGCAGCUGAAACGGAUUUGGAACGAAAAAGGGGGUGAGGGAGCAUUCCUGAGUUCCGCCUCUCCUUCUCGAGGCGGUAGUGGGAAAGAGGAUAUACGAAAUACUGCCCACGAAAACCAACGGAUCAAAUCUCUCCGUGCAAAUUACCAGAGGACCGUGGGGAAAAGGCAGGAGGGGAGUGGGGAAGGAGAAAGAGCCAGGGAACUGCACGGGUGGGCGCCUGAGCGCGCCCCUUUUUCAGCAGUGUGGCGGGGUCGCACGCACGCCCGCCUCGGCGGCUGGGCGCUGUUUGCGACAGUGGGGGGAGCGGUGGAGGUGGUGGCGGCAGCGGCAGCUUUACGGCCAGCUCUGGCCGGGCUUGCUUGACGGCGGUGUGGCGGAGGCCCCGCCCGAGGCGGCAGGAGCCUGGAGGGAGGCGGAGGAAUAUGUCUGAGAGGGAAGUGUCGACUGCGCCGGCGGGAACAGACAUGCCUGCGGCCAAGAAGCAGAAGUUAAGCAGUGACGAGAACAGCAACCCAGACCUUUCUGGAGACGAAAACGAUGAUGCUGUCAGUAUAGAAAGUGGUACAAACACUGAACGCCCUGAUACACCUACAAAUACAGCAAAUGCACCUGGAAGAAAAAGUUGGGGGAAGGGAAAGUGGAAGUCAAAGAAAUGCAAAUACUCUUUCAAAUGUGUGAAUAGUCUCAAGGAAGAUCAUAACCAACCAUUAUUUGGAGUUCAAUUUAACUGGCACAGUAAAGAAGGAGACCCAUUAGUGUUUGCAACUGUAGGCAGCAACAGGGUUACCUUGUAUGAAUGUCAUUCACAAGGAGAAAUCCGCUUGUUACAAUCUUAUGUGGAUGCUGAUGCUGAUGAAAACUUUUAUACUUGUGCCUGGACAUAUGAUAGCAAUACAAGCCAUCCUCUGCUGGCUGUGGCUGGAUCCAGAGGCAUAAUUAGGAUAAUUAACCCUAUAACAAUGCAGUGCAUAAAGCAUUAUGUUGGCCAUGGAAAUGCUAUCAAUGAGCUGAAAUUCCACCCAAGAGAUCCAAAUCUUCUCCUGUCAGUAAGUAAAGAUCAUGCGUUGCGGUUGUGGAAUAUCCAAACAGAUACUCUGGUGGCAAUAUUUGGUGGUGUAGAAGGGCACAGAGAUGAAGUUCUAAGUGCUGAUUAUGAUCUUUUGGGUGAAAAAAUAAUGUCCUGUGGUAUGGAUCACUCUCUUAAACUUUGGAGAAUUAAUUCAAAGAGAAUGAUGAAUGCAAUCAAGGAAUCCUAUGAUUAUAAUCCAAAUAAAACUAACAGGCCAUUUAUUUCUCAGAAAAUUCACUUUCCUGACUUUUCUACCAGAGACAUACAUAGGAAUUAUGUCGACUGUGUUCGAUGGUUAGGCGAUUUGAUACUUUCUAAGUCUUGUGAAAAUGCCAUUGUGUGCUGGAAACCUGGAAAAAUGGAAGAUGAUAUAGAUAAAAUUAAACCUAGUGAGUCUAAUGUGACUAUUCUUGGGCGAUUCGAUUACAGCCAAUGUGACAUUUGGUACAUGAGAUUUUCUAUGGAUUUCUGGCAAAAGAUGCUUGCAUUGGGCAAUCAAGUUGGGAAACUUUAUGUUUGGGAUUUAGAAGUAGAAGAUCCUCAUAAAGCCAAGUGCACAACAUUGACUCAUCAGAAAUGUAUUGCUGCUAUUCGACAAACCAGUUUCAGCAGGGACAGCAGUAUUCUUAUAGCUGUCUGCGAUGAUGCCAGUAUUUGGCGCUGGGAUCGACUUCGAUAAAUUUAAACUUUUCCCAAUCAAAAUUAGAGUUGUCUGUAUACAAUAGAAUCUUUUAAUGUAUCUUGCUAGUAGGGGCACAUAAAACAUUUAGAAUUGUUUUUCAGCAUUCAAUCAGGCUGAGCCGAUUGUAGUGAUGUUUACAUUAUUUGUACUGUCUUCCUGCUCAAACUCUACUGCUUUUAAUAAAAUUUAUUUUUGUAAAGUUG